CUGCUGCUGUAAACAGUGGAGGAAGAAGGAGACGGCGGUCGUCCUCAAUCGCUGGAUGAUGAAGGCUAAUGUUUUGAUGGAGCUCGGAGAGUAAUGAUCUUGAUUUACGAGCGCAGGGACAAUUUAAAGCGACGCAUUGUGUUGUUUCUGUUCAGUAUUUGUUAUUCUAGUUAAAAUUACAUUAUCCGGACAAGAAACCGAGGAAACAGAUAACGGUGGCCUAGCUAACAUUAGCUAGCUUCGCGUUUCCAGUGGAUCAACUCAUCGCGAGUUCCCGUCUCGAAAGCUGCAACUAUAGUUGUUUAUUUUCCACGCCUGCCGCUUGAGAAAAGACAGUUUUACCUUCAAAUCGGGGCGCCAGCGCAUCAUAAAAUCCGCGUUCGUGGCUUUUCCAGAUCCAACUUCAACGAGACGUGUUCAUCCAUGUCCACUAGCUCCCGCAGAUUACUAAUCCUCGGUAACCUCAGCAAACAUGUCUCUUGUCGCUUACGGCAGCAGUGAUGAGAGCGACUCGGAGGACACCUCGACCUCCGCCGCGGCAGACAGCAAACCGAGCGGGGGAGGGCUCUUCUCUUUCCUGCCCGCUCCCAAAACAUCUGGAUCUGCAGCUGGAGGGAAGGAGGGAGCGUUCCGGGCGAAGCACCCUGCGGCGGAGGACGGCGCGGCCCGGGAGGACCUGGGCUCACCUGCGGGGGGCUUCUUCUCCAGUCUGCCCAAACCCAAGAAACGAACCGAGCCCGUCAGGAUCCCCGCGCCACAAGUCCAGAGACGGGAUUCAGACUCUGAUGAUGAUGAGCCGACUACAAAGAAGCUCAAAGCCCAGGGUCCAGGUUCUGGUCUGUCCUCCAUUCUCCCCAAGCCCAAAAACCUCACCGUGAAGGAGAUGGAGAGACCUCUGAUUCCUCACACGCUCACCAAACGGCAAGAACCCAAAGCGCUCAAGCCGGGGGCCCCCGCUCACGGCCUGAUCGGCUCCAGCGCGUCUCCCUCCGCCAUCAAGGCCGCGGCGAAGUCGGCGGCCCUGCAGGUGGCGAAACAAAUAGCGACGGACGACCAGGACAACGAGGAGGACAUUACCCCUCAGAACUACUUUUCCCUGGAGGACAGCUCCACAACCGUUCCCGCUGUGGUGCCGACCGUGGAUCCUGAGCCGGCGGACCCCGCUGAACCCUUCCCCUACGGGGCUGCCGAUCAGCCGGGACACUCGAACGCACCUCUGGACUUUGGGGAGAAUCAAGAGGGUGCGAGCGCAUGGGAAGGCCAGUAUGAGCAGCCAAUGGCUGGCCCAGAGGCGUUCCCUGAGGGAUGCUAUAACGAGCCAUACUACCAGGAUCCUAACCCCGAGUUAGCGGAGGCCGGGGCGACCGACAACUCGGCCAUUUUUGACGACGAAGCGUUUAUGCGGCUGCAGGGGAAAAGAAACCGAGGCAAGGAGGAGGUGAAGUUCCUGGAGAUCAAAGGGGACGACCAGCUGAGCGGGAACCAGCAGUGGAUGACCAAGAGCAUAUCGGAGGAAAAACAAACCCGCCAGUCGUACAGCAAGAAAAGAGGAGGGCAACCUACGGGACAGCAGAGGCGAAAGCAUCAGAUAACGUAUCUUAUUCACCAGGCAAAGGAGCGUGAGCUGGAGCUGAAGAACAGUUGGGCAGAGAACCGGGUGACCCGCCGUCAGACCCAGGCCAAAUAUGGUUUCUAGGUCUUGUAGCCGUGGACUGCUGUGGCGCGCGGAUACAUCGUGCCACGUGUUACAGAUUAUCGGAUUGUCCCCUCUUCUUCUAGGAGCAAAAGCUGUUUCUUUUCUUCCUGCUCUGCAGCCUGCCAUGUCUUGAACUGAUAAUAUUCUGUCCUUUGAUAUGGUGUUACUCUGUCUGAAUCCCGGUCAGUCCUUUUAACAGUAACUAUAAGCGCCAUCCCUAAAGAGAUGCCCGAGCAGUGUUUUGAAGGUACCAGAAUAGUUUUUCCCUGUGGACUUGCGUGAAACAUAUUCCCGGCAUUCUCCGAGGUUUGGUUCCCUGGGAAUCGUAUUCUUCUUAGUUAUGAUGUAAAGCUAGAAAGCUGAGACGUAAAAAUACUCACUGACUCAACCAAAGGUCAGUAAAUGACGCUCUAAUGAUGACGAUUUAGCUGAGAGCCAACACUUGGAUUGUCUAGAUUUAUUUGCGGCGGUAAAAUGAAUUGGCGUCACGAUCUGUCGCCGCUGCCGAAUACAGCCCAUCUAGAAUUCAGGUGAAUCCUUCCCCAAUCGGCAUUUCUUCCCAAAUGAGCUGCAAACGUUUCUUUAUUUUUACUGGGAGAGCUAGAAAUCUGCAUCAUUUUUUUUUUCUUUAUUGCUUCGUUUUCUGCGGUCUUUAAUCCGAACAGUUUAGUUGCAGUUCGCAAAAAACUAAAUUCCCCGAUUAUGUCUAGCUUCAUUCUACUUCUGAUCGGCAACUGUUGCAUCUGGUCUUCCUUUUGUCUUUACGUUUUUAUGUGACUCCUUAGAGCAUUUCUGUAUAUAACAUAACAUUUUUUUCCAGAUAACCUCACUGUUAAUGACGUGCCGCUUCGUCCCAGUAGUACGUUUCUCUACAAGAUGCAAGUAGGAGUUCUCCAAAGGCCUGUAAAUGUGAACUGAUCCAAAUCAAGCCCAUUGUAUUGGGCAGAAUUAAAAACCCAAACGUCAAGUCGGCAGUUCCAUGGGUGAGUUAUUUGUGACAAAUAAAAAAACAAAGUAAAACUAUAUUUGUUCUCAUGUGAAGCAGGACUGAAUUUAAUCUUGAAUUUUAAUCGGAAAACCAGAAGUUGCUAAAUUUCUUGCUCACACCACCCCUUUUUGUUUACUUUGUAUAAGUGUGUAAUUAAAAUUCAAUAAAGGAGUUUUGAAUAUUC